GUGAUCAAGGUCACUUGGCCCGCUGCAUCCUAAGGAUUAGUUUGGAUAGCGUCACCGAUGAAAUUUCGGCCCCGAACAUAGCACCUGCAGAGGCAGUCGACAUCCUCCUCCGCAAUGAGGAUGUGACACACGAUGAUCUCAAGCUGAAGAAGCUUCGGAAGGUUUUGGAUCAGAGCCUGGAAAAGGGUGGCCAGGCAUCAGUUGCUCCAAUGGUCGCCAGAAUGCUACAGUGGGAUGGCCUGGAACCACAACAAGAGAAGAGCCAUGGGAUGCGGUCUGCGAAGAAGUUCCCAAUCUUCUUCACGGCCUUUGCAGCUGUACGGUCCUACUGCAGAGAAAAUGCUGACUUCUUCAGCAUGCAAGAAUUGGGGGCAGUUCUCGAGGCGCUUACAACACUGGCCAGAAAGAUGUGGGCUGCAGAUGAUCGCGUUACUGGAUCAAUGUCAAUGAUCUUGAAUAAGGAGCUCAUGAACAAAGGCGAAGCAACAAGUGAGACUGCAGAUAUCAUUGGAACUUUGGGACUUCGAGAACCCUUUCAGGCCAUGGCUGUGGCGGCUCUUGACAUCCCCAGAGAAGACAUGAAACAUGUUGAUGCAGUGGCAUCGAUGGCUUGGGCUCUGGCUGUAGCAAACAUUCAGCUUGCCUCGCUCCAGAUCAAGGUUGCCAAAGGCAUCAUUGCACAUAUCGACAAGGUUUCUCCUCCUGACAUCGGGAAGCUGUUCAUGACUAUGCAUGAAAUGGAAUGGUUUAAGGAUGCAGAUGCGAUUGCCUACCUCACCCAAGCACUCGUUGCGCGCAUUCAGACCUUGAAGGAAGAGGACCCCGGCUUGGCGAGCAUGUUGGCUGCUCGGGCUCGCGAGGCCCAAGAGGCUGAAGCUCAAGACGGCGCGUAA